AUGGUCGGAUCGCACUUGUUCGUGGUGCUGGCGGCGGUGUUGCUGGCGGCGCAAUGUGCAGCCAAGACGACAUCCUUCUGGCCACACAUCCAAGCGAUCGAAGCACGAUCCGUCGCCACCACGGUCCCUGAUCUCGAGGCGCGCAACCCCCCGUUGGCAAAUGGUCAUUCAUCAGUCAAGUGUACGCAUCCCAUGCAGCGCGUAUCGUGGUACACCCUCACGGACGCAGAGCGUGCAUCGUGGACCUCGAGCUUCAGGCAGCUUAGCAAGCCGGGCAAGUCGAUCUUUAUUAAGGGUGGCAGCUUCAUGGAUGACCUUACGCUGGUGCACAUUGGACUGCAGGAGGAACUGCACUACAACUCGUGCUUUCUCCCGUGCCACUCUGCGUUUCUGCGCGCGUUUUACAGCCUCAUGCGUGUGUCGGGCUACCAGGGUCGCGAGGCUUACUGGGACAUCGAACACGACUGGACUCACGGGAUUCAAAACGCCGCACUGUGGAGAUCGCUCGGCACCGACGAUGGUAAAGGUGGACCGAUCCCAAACGGUCCCUUUAGAGGAUCGCACUGUGGAUUGCUACCCAAUACAAAGAAACCGGGCUACUCGGUGUAUAAGCCGCAUCCGGUGACGAGGCACUUUAAUGGCGAUUGGAAUGCCAAACCGCCUGCGCGGGGCGACAUGUACACGGCCCACUUCAACCAAUCCAUCAUCAACACCUUCCUCGCCGCCCCCGACUACGCCACUUUGCGACGAAGUCUCGAAGACAACAUUCAUGCUUGGAUGCACCAGGCCAUCGGAGGCGAGAUGUGGCUCUUUAGCGCCACGUGCGAACCGGCGUUCUGGCUGCUGCAUAUGGAGAUCGACCGCAUCUGGCGAAGUUGGCAGCACCUCCAUGGGACCUACUUCCAGUAUGCGGGUCAUAGGAGGAUCAGGCAUAAGGACGGAUCGACCGAGAUCAAGGUCGCAAGCCUCGACGAUCCAAUCGACUUUUACGGGCUCUUUGAAAAGGUGACUGUCAGAGACGUCAUGCAUCCCAGACGCGGCAUCAUGUGCUUCCGCUACGAACACCUCUACAACAACCAGCUCGAUACCGGUCGUUAA